CUUGCGUAGCUUCUGAGCCACAGAGCGUGUUGAAGGCAGUAGCUUGCUUACGCGCUGUAGCGGACAACAAUGUCCAAGCAAGAGACUCCUCGGGAGCCAGAGCAGCUCCGCAAGCUCUUCAUAGGCGGGCUGAGUUUCGAGACGACGGACGAAAGCCUUCGGGCCCACUUUGAACAAUGGGGAACCCUGACAGACUGCGUGGUAAUGAGGGACCCCAACACAAAGAGGUCCAGGGGGUUUGGCUUUGUUACAUACAGCUCGGUGAGUGAAGUGGAUGCUGCGAUGGAUGCCCGUCCACACAAAGUAGAUGGGAGAGCCGUGGAACCGAAGAGAGCCGUGUCUAGAGAGGAUUCAUCCAGGCCAGGUGCACACUUGACAGUGAAGAAGAUAUUUGUGGGUGGAAUCAAGGAGGAUACUGAUGAAGAACACCUGCGAGACUAUUUUGGACAGUUUGGCAAGAUUGAGGUUAUUAAUAUCAUGACAGAGAAGAACAGCGACAAGAGGAGGGGCUUCGCUUUCAUUACGUUUGACGAUCAUGACUCUGUCGACAGGAUUGUCAUCCAGAAGUAUCAUACAGUGAAUGGUCAUAACUGUGAAGUUCGGAAAGCUCUGUCCAGGGAAGAGAUGAACAGAGUUGGGAUGAACCCAAGGGGAGGCCGUGGUGGAGGCGGCGGAGGGAACUUUGGUGGCAGAGGUGGUGGAUAUGGAGGAGGAUAUGGGGGAGGAAGAGGAGGGUACGGUGGAGAUGGCUAUAACGGUUACGGAGGAAACGGCGGUGGCUAUGGUGGUGGAGGUCCUGGCUACGGUGGUAACCGUGGUUACGGUGGUGGCGGCGGAGGUGGAGGCGGUGGCUAUGGCAACCAGGGUGGUGGCUAUGGAGGGUAUGACAACUAUCCUGGCGGUGGCGGAGGGAACUACGGUGGCGGUAACUUUGGAGGAGGAGGAGGUGGUGGCGGUGACUACAAUGAUUUUGGCAACUACAACAACCAGUCGUCUUCUAACUACGGCCCAAUGAAAGGAGGCAAUUAUGGUGGUGGGGGAAGGAGUGGCCCAUAUGGAGGUGGGUACGGCGGUGGCUCUGGAGGUGGUUAUGGAGGUGGCUCUGGAGGGAGAAGGUUCUAGAAGCCAGGCCACAGUACUUAGGAGAGGAGAGCCAGAGAAAGGUGACAGGGAAAGGAAGCAGGUUUACAACCUAGAUCUGCCCAGCCACACAGCGUGGUGACGCUAUUUACGUCUGCCAGAUGAAGAGAACGUGUACAAUAGGAGAGGAAAAUCAUGUGGGGAAUGCAGGGGGGGGGGGGGGG